CACGGGUUGGGCGAUUCGGGACCCGCCAAUGAACCCAUUAAGAACCUCUUCACUUCUCCCGAGUUCAAGAACACAAAGUGGUCUUUUCCUUCUGCACCUAAGAACCCUGUCACAUGUAACUAUGGUGCUGUGAUGCCGUCAUGGUUUGACCUACACGAAAUACCAGUGUCAGCAAGCUCCCCAAAUGAUGAAAGUGGUGUGCUAAAAGCAGUUCAAAAUGUUCAUGCUAUGAUAGACAAAGAGGUCACUGAUGGCACAAAUCCUAAGGACAUAUUUAUUUGUGGAUUUAGCCAAGGGGGUGCCUUGACCUUAGCAAGUGUUCUGCUAUACCCAAAAACUCUAGGAGGUGGUGCUGUGUUUAGUGGAUGGGUUCCUUUUAAUGAUUCUAUACUUGAGAAUCUAACACCCGAGGCAAAAAGGACGCCUAUUUUGUGGUCUCAUGGCAUGGCAGAUAAGACAGUGCUGUUUGAAGCUGGGCAAGCUGGACCACCUUUCUUGGAAAGAGUGGGUAUUCCCUUUGAGUUUAAGGCUUAUCCCGGCCUUGUCCAUUCUAUAAACCAGGAGGAGUUGCGAUAUUUGGAAUCCUGGAUCAAGGCUCGUCUCCAUAGUUCUUCAUAAGGGUUAGUUUGGAUGAACGAUUUUGGAAGUCGAAUAUCUUGAUCAAUUAACUUAAAUGUAUUUAAAAAACAAAGUAUAUGAUUAUCCAAACGGACUCUAAAGGUCCCAUUUGAUCUGAUUCAUCAUAAACAUUUUUUAUAGUUGUAAAUCUCUUUCCUGUUCCAUUCCUCUUUCUUCAUUGCUUCUAACAACUUCUGUCUUGAUUCAGGAAGUACUCUAUAAAAUCAACUGUGU